AUGUUUCGAAUGCUAACUUUUUGUUUUGCUUUGCUAAACAUUAACUGUAUUGUAAACGUUUAUGCUGUUGAAUUCAGAGAAGAACCAAAGAGUGCUGUAGUAACUGCUGGUGAAGACAAACCUUUUAUUUGUACUGUUAGUGAUAUGCGCGACGAACAUCAAUUUGCCUGGUACAAAGGGAACACACAGUUGACACAUGGAGAAAAUGUUAUUACAUCACUGUUAAGUGAACGGUUAUUUGUUACACAACUAGAAACAUAUUCAGGGACUAUGUCGAUUUUGACGAUCAAUGAUGUGAUAUCAAGUGACAGUGGUUCUUAUACUUGCGCUAUUUUGAACUCCGGUGGAAGGUCUCUCCGUCGUUCAGAAGCAGCACAACUAAUUGUUCAUUCAUUGCCUGGAUCACAAUACCCUUUAUGUUCUGUUUCUAAGACCAUCGCUGUUGUCGGUUCAAACACCACAUUAACUUGCAAAUCAGAAAGUGUUCAGCCCCCAGUGGAUUUAUUCUGGACAGAAAACAACAAAAUUAUCAGAGAUGGAAUAAAUACUCUGGAAACAGUGAAUGGAGUUAUAAACGAAUUUACACUACUCCUGACUAAAGAAAAUCAUGGUAUGAAAUUCAUAUGUAAACAAAUAUCAGAUUUCAUGCCUAGUAACCACUCUUCCUGUUCUGUAGGACCUUUAAAUGUCCGUUACAGACCCUAUGUAAAAAUUCAACACACAAGCCCCGUGCUGCCAGCUAUUGAAACUGUCAUAUUUUGUCAAACAUUUGCAAAUCCACCAGUUGACAGUUACAAGUGGACGUUCUACCCCCAAAUCGAAGGUAGCGAAUACAUGGUGGAUAUCACAGGGCAAGUAUUAACAAUUUUGAAACCAACCUUACAACAGAGUGGGACAAAUGUAACGUGUACUGCUAGAAAUCAAGUCGGAAAAUCUUCGUCAUCUAUACAAUUACUAGUAGCACUUAGUGAUGUAAACCAAGGUGAACAUACAACUGGAAAAUCUAUUCACAAGACAAAGUCUGAAAAUGAAGGGAAAAUUCAUUUAUCGUUAGAUGUUGUCAUCAUUAUCGUUGCUGGUGUUGUUAUUAUCGUUAUACUUGUUGUUCUGGUUCCCGUCUAUCAUUAUUGUUUGUGUCGUAAAAUAACACUACGACAGUUAAUUAUUCAGGAAAUAUAG